AUGAUCCUCUCCGACUAUCUUAACACAAUCCUUAAUAUGAAUCAUGCCCCCAACUCUAACUGGGCCCUGGAUCCUCGAAAGCCCUACUUUGAAACCUUCGAUAAGGGUAGUUCCUCCCUGAGCACUGAAGUAAUACUAAAGAUUUAA